AUGACUUACUCUCCAAAAUUUUGCAAGCCAGGUGGAUGGCCUGUAUCUGGAACAAAGGUAAACGGAACUUCUACAUACUAUGAAAUAAGUAUAUGCCAUCCUCUCAACUAUACUCAAUUAUCUCUUAGCCAAGGAUGCUCGAAAAGUUCCAUUUGCCAAAUUUCAGGUGAAAAAGCUGUUAGCUUUGGAAAGGCCAUUGAAAGUCCGUCUGAUUAUAGAAUUUCUGACAAUGGGAAUACUGGUUUUUCCCUUUAUGUUCAUACUAGUGAAUUGUGUGGUUCAAGUGGAGUAUAUCAAGCUACCAUAAGUUUUGCAUGUGGGCCGAAUCUUGGAGCACCAGAACUUAUAUUAUGGAGUGAUUGUCAAGUGAAGUUCUUCUGGAGAACUUCAGCUGCUUGCAUCAACAAACCUAAAAUUCGUCAAGUUCCUUGUUAUGCCAUUGAUAAUGAAGGCAAUAAGCGGGAUUUGUCUCAGCUCAUUUUAAGAAAAGGAGGCUAUUCUGUAGCAAUGUUUUUUUCAACGACUUUUGACUUUAUGAUUAAUAUAUGUUCUGAGAUAUUUGGUGAUGAAGGUUGUGGUUCAAAUUCCUCAGCAUGCAGAGUUCAUUGGAAUGAACGUUUAUCAUUUGGAAAACCACAUGGGCGUCUUCAGUAUACACAGAAAGGACUAAUAUUGUCUUAUUUAACAGAUGAAAUAUAUCCAAAGCCACCUAAAGGAUGUAGUCUCAAACCAAAAACAACUAUCAUAUUUAAAUGCCCUCAGAGAAAUAAAAGAAGUGUGGAAACUUGUCAGUUUACAGCUGAAUCAAAUGGAGUUGAAAUAGAUUUGAGCCCUUUGAUAGAAAGGCCUGCAUAUAAUAUUCCCAGUAGUUCUGGAAAUUCUACAUUUGCUUUAAGUGUUUGCGUUGGACUUCAAAAUUUUGCUUGCAAUGGUAAAAAUUGGAACUCAACAUCUGUUUGCGCCAAUGGAACAACAAAUUCAUCUGUGAUAAUAGGUACCACAGAAGGAUCACAUCUUAUAUAUGCAGAUGAUAUAGUGAUCUUAACUUAUCCUGGACAAGCAUCAUGUGAUAAUGAUACAGAUCAGUCAUCUAUAAUAAAGUUUCUUUGUGAUUCUGAUGCUGAUAAUGAUGGUAAUGGGAAGCCUUAUCAUAUAUUUUCAGAUCCCUGCAUUCAUACAUUUGAAUGGAAAACAAAACAUGCAUGUUUGAAACCUUCAUUAGACUCUACACUUUUAAAAUGGACAAACUACUGUUCUGCCCAUUUUAAAAACAAAACAAUCAAUCUUGCACGAUUAUUUUUAGAAAGAUGGCAUGGUAAAGUGUGGGAAGCCACUGAUGGAAGAAAUAUAAAUCCUAAAGAUAAUGCUAAGUAUUACUUGAAUGUUUGUGGCCAGGUGGCAUAUAUAAGUCACUUAAGUAGUUGUGGUGAAGGUUCAUCUGCUUGUGUUUUGGAUAGCAGUGGUAAAUAUUUGAAUUUAGGAAACUUUACUUCACCACCAGUUUAUGAUAUAAUUUCAGAUUCUGUCCGAUUGACUUAUACUGGUGGAAGUCCUUGUAAAGAUGGAAAACGGUGGAUAUCAACUAUAAACUUUUUUUGCCGAUUUUCGGACCUUGUUUCUAGACCAAUAUUGGUACAUGUAGAUGAGUCAGAAUGCCAGUAUAAAUUUGAAUGGCAUACUGCUAGAGCUUGCCCAGAAGUUGUUAUUGAGGGUGCUAAUUGUAAAAUACAUGAUGAUAAUAUAGGUAUUAAUUAUGAUCUAUCACCUCUUAAACAUAAAGUAUACAAAGUUGAUGCUGAAUCUCAGAAAUUAUUUAUUCGUAUUUGUGAGCCACAGCAUGAUGGAUUUUCUUACAUUUUUCAUUGGUAUACUAGUUUACUUUGCACUAACUCUUCGACUGUGUGCAUGGUUCAAGAUCCAUUUUCUCAUUUAAUUUAUGAUCUCUCAGGAUUAUCUAUAUAUGAAAACAAUUGGGUACAUGUUGUAAAUGAAGAUAAUAAGGAAAGCAAGGUCUAUUUGAGUAUUUGUCGACCUCUCACUCAGCCUUUAAUUUGUGAUUCAAGUGCUGCUGCAUGUAUGGUUGAAAAGGUUGGGGGAGAAGAGAAGGUUGUUAUAUCUAAUUUGGGGCAGCCAGUCAGCCUUCCAGUUUUAGAGAGUCCUGGUCAUCUUAUUCUCAAGUAUACUAAUGGAAAUCCUUGUACUGAAUAUAGUGAAAAUGCUACUUAUUCAACAGUAAUACAUUUUCUGUGUGCAAAGGAUAAAAUGGGCAAAAAUGAUUUAACUUUCUUAAGUAAAGUUGGUGCUUGUGACUAUGCUUUCUUGUGGAGAACUAAGGCUGCUUGUCCGACUAGUGUUUCACAAACUUUUGAAAGUUGUCAGUUAACUGAUCCUGAUUCUGGUUUUACUUUUAAUUUGACUUCUCUUUGGAAAGUUGGUGAGCCAUAUACAAUAAAGACAUACUUUAAUACUACAUUCCAGCUUAAUGUAUGUGGUAAAGUUGAAUCAGGGUGUUUGUCCUCUAAUGGAAAACAGCCAUCAGAAAAUGUAAGUGCCUGUAAAAUUGAUUCAGAAGGUUCUGUGAGAAAUUUAGCUGUAUCAGAUUCAUAUUUUCUUAGCUAUUCUACUGGGACAGAUUUGUCAAUUACCUACAAGUAUUUUGAUGAAAGUUUCGACGAAGGUGUGAUAAUAAAGUUUCCAUGUCAUAACACAACAGCAGAUCCACAUCUGAAAUUCGUAAUGUAUGAUGAUAAGAAUAGACAAUAUAUUUUUGAGAUGAAAACACCUUUGACCUGUAUCCGUUCACAUUUUGAUUGCAAUGUGUUUGAUCAGUAUGGAAAUGAAUAUGAUUUAAGUCCUCUUACAAAGUAUAGAGAAGGUAAUUGGGAGGUUGCAGACAGUAGGCCAAACCAUUCACAUUUAAGGUAUCAUAUAAAUAUUUGUCGACCUUUGAACAAAGUUAAUGGUUAUAAAUGUCCUACUGGCUUUUCAGGAGCCUGUCAAACUAAUGUUUUGCAAAAUGGAAGUAUAGGUCAUGAUCUUGGAUCACAAAUGAAUGAACCUCUGGUGAAUGAUAAAGGUAACAUAGUUCUUCGUUAUACCCAUGGUUCCUAUUGUAAUAGUGGUCAAUUUAAGCGUAGUACAACAGUAAAUUUGUUCUGUUUUGGAGAACAUGAAGACCUAAAAUUUAUCAAAGAAACUCCAGAAUGUGAAUAUAUUUUCUCAUUAAGAACUCCUGUUGCAUGUCCUAUUCAAAACAGUAUUAGUGGUGCUUGCACAAUUAAAGACCCUUCCUUUGGAUACAUUUUUGAUUUAAAUCCUCUGAAGAAUAAAAAUAAUUACUAUUUAACUGUAGGUGAAUAUAACUUUUAUUUGAAUGUUUGUGACAAAUUAAAUGGCUUCAAGAAUGCAUGUAUGAAUUCAAGUGCUUGUCAAACAAAACCUGAAGAACCUUCAUUUUCAAUAAGCUUCGGUCUGCCAAAUGAUCAUCUUGUUUAUCGAAAUGGGGUACUUACUCUCGAAUAUACAUCAGAUGCAAACUAUUGUCAUGGGAAAUACAGUGGCUCUAUUAAAAUUAUAUUUACUUGUCACCAAGCUCUUGAAGUUGGACCAUACUUUGUGUCAGAAACUGAAGAUUGUACAUUCUUAUUUGAAUGGCCUACUGUACAUGCAUGCCCCACCUUUAAUGUCGUAGAAUGUUCUCAGAUUAUCUCUACCUAA